UAAUUGUUGUUGGUGGUGGUACCUAGGGCCUAGGCUUUGUGUAAAGCGACCAAAAAAAUCUGCGAGUUAUCGAUUAGAUCGAAGCAGAAGGCGCCACUGAUGAAUCCUCGGUGCUUCAUAUGAAAUGCCGAUUCGAUAUUCUUCCUCUCUCUCGCUCUCCAAUUCUGCAGUUUUCAGCUUGAUUUAAUUUAAUCUCGAGGGUGGGCAAUUGGGGUUUUGAAUUUGAUUCGAGGGAUUGAAUGGAGCCGCGUGUGGGGAAUAAGUUCCGGCUAGGUCGGAAAAUUGGGAGCGGCUCAUUUGGAGAGAUCUAUUUAGGCACUAAUAUUCAGACGAAUGAGGAGGUUGCUAUUAAGCUUGAAAAUGUGAAGACAAAACAUCCGCAAUUGCUCUACGAGUCAAAGUUGUACAAAUUACUCCAAGGAGGAACUGGAAUUCCAAAUGUCAGAUGGUUUGGGGUUGAAGGAGACUAUAAUGUUCUUGUGAUGGAUUUAUUGGGACCUAGUCUUGAGGACUUGUUUAACUUCUGUAGUCGGAAGCUGUCUCUAAAGACUGUUCUCAUGCUUGCAGAUCAGAUGAUUAAUCGGGUUGAGUUUAUUCACUCUAAAUCUUUCCUGCAUCGCGAUAUUAAGCCUGACAAUUUUCUCAUGGGCUUGGGGAGGCGCGCAAAUCAGGUUUAUGCCAUUGAUUUUGGACUUGCCAAGAAAUAUAGAGACUCGUCAACCCAUCAACAUAUUCCGUAUAGAGAAAAUAAGAAUUUGACUGGAACGGCCAGAUAUGCUAGCAUGAAUACGCAUCUUGGCAUUGAACAAAGUCGCAGGGAUGAUCUCGAAUCGCUUGGAUAUGUUCUCAUGUACUUCUUAAGAGGAAGCCUGCCUUGGCAGGGACUGAAAGCUGGAAACAAAAAACAGAAAUAUGAAAAAAUUAGUGAGAAAAAAGUUUCAACCUCCAUAGAGGCUUUAUGUCGUGGCUAUCCCACUGAGUUUGCUUCGUACUUCCAUUAUUGUCGUUCACUAAGAUUCGAUGAUAAACCAGAUUAUGCUUAUCUGAAGAGAAUUUUCCGUGACCUCUUUAUUCGCGAAGGUUUUCAGUUUGACUACGUUUUUGACUGGACUAUUUUGAAAUAUCAACAAUCGCAGCUUGCCAAUCCUCCAUCUCGUGCCCUUGGUACUGCUGCUGGAACAAGUUCGGGGAUCCCACAUGCUACUGCUGACAGACAAUCAGGUGGUGAGGAAGGCAAGGCCCCUGGGGGAUCUGGAACUGCAACUCGUGGCAGAAACUUUCUAAAUUCUGGAAACUUGUCUAGGCAGAAAGGUCCAGCUGCAAAUGAUGCUUCCUUAUCCAGUUCUAACAUUUUCCGGCAAAUUGGAUCAUCGAGGCGGCCUGCUGUCCCUAGUACCCGAGAUGCAGAGGGUUCUGGCAAUGAUGACCCUUCACGUGCUCGUACCUCGGAUGCACUCCACAGAAACUCCAGUGGCGCCCAAAGAAGUUCACCAGUAGUAUCAUCGGAUCAUAAGCGCACUUUAUCUUCUACUAGAAACCCAACAAACAUAAAGAAUUUUGACGCCACCCUCAAGGGCAUCGAGGGCCUGAACUUUGGCAAUAAUGAUGAGAGGGUGCAUUCUUAGCCGGAUUUUUCUAGCUGCUGUUUCUCGAUUAUUCCCCAUGUAAAUAUCAGAAUGCUAUAACUAUUAGCAGCCAGGGGAAUCUGUCACUGUAUCCGGCAAAAAAAUGCUGCCUAAGCAAAUCGGAAUCAGUACAAGAUGCAGAUUGAGUGAAAAGCACACGUAAUAAAGAAGAGAUUGCUGAACUCGAGAUCACCCAACUGGAGAUUCAUUUUGUUGUAUCAGCAGUUUUAAGAGACUCCGGUGUAGUUUCACUUAGAUAAUGCUUUUAUAUCUGUUUUUCUUCCUCUCUUAAUGAGUUAAUGUUGUACUCAAACAUUCUUUUGAUCUGCCAACAUGAUGUCUUGUGGUUAUGGAAUUCUUUCACUCUAUUAAGUUGUUGCUAAGAACUUAAUGUGGAAUAAGUUCAUCUUU